AUGGCGGACUCGAAGCUGCUGGUGCCCGAGCUAAACGAGGCAGAGAAGAUGGGCGCUGAGACCAUGCGUUUCGAGGAGCUACUGCGGCAGGCCUCCAAGGAGCUCCAGCAAGCCCAGACAAGCAGACCAGAAUCCACACAGAUCCAACCUCAACCUGGUUUCUGCAUAAAGACCAACUCCUCCGAAGGGAAGGUUUUCAUCAACAUCUGUCACUCCCCUUCCAUCCCUCCUCCGGCUGAUGUGACCGAGGAUGAGCUGCUUCAAAUGCUGGAGGAAGACCAAGCCGGGUUUCGCAUCCCCAUGAGCCUGGGAGAGCCUCAUGCAGAACUGGACGCAAAAGGCCAGGGUUGUACCGCCUACGACGUAGCGGUGAACAGCGACUUCUACCGGAGGAUGCAGAACAGCGAUUUCUUGCGGGAGCUCGUGGUCACCAUCGCCAGGGAGGGCCUUGAGGACAAAUACAGUCUUCAGCUGAACCCAGAAUGGCGCAUGUUGAAGAACCGACCUUUCCUGGGCUCCAUCUCCCAGCAAAAUAUCCGCUCCCAACAGCGUCCUCGGAUCCAGGAGCUGGGAAACCUAUACACUCCCGACUCCCCGAGACCUGAGGAAGGCCCCGAGAAGCCUCACCUGAACCUUUGGCUGGAAGCCCCUGACCUCCUCUUGGCUGAAAUUGACCUCCCCAAACUGGAUGGAGCUCUGGGGCUGUCGCUGGAGAUUGGGGAGAACCGGGUAGUGUUGGGGGGCCCCCAGCAGCUGUACCAUCUGGAUGCCUGUAUCCCCCUGCGGAUCAACUCUGAGGAGAGCAAAGCAGCCUUCCAUAGGAAGAGAAAGCAAUUGAUGGUGGCCAUGCCCCUCCUGUCGGUGUCUUCUUGACCUGCUUUCUUUUCUGUGCUUCUAAGUGGAGAGAGGAGGCUCGUGGCUUCUCUAAAAUGGAAAUAAAAGAUGUUUGCCUUU